AUGUUUGGUUCCAAGCAUAAACUGGCUGGUUCUGGAUUUCACCCGUCUUCCAAGUCAAAUCCGUUUGAUUCAGAUGAUGAAUUGGAUGAUCAUAAACACACCUUAAAACCAUCAAAUAGGAUUUCCCCUGUACCUGCUAAAAGUUUCAGCUCGAACCCUUUUGAUGGUGAUGACGGUGAUAAGGAGGUUGAGAAAAGAUUCACUUCAUUGUCGAAACACUCUGAUGCAAGGACCCGGUACAGGAACGAUUUCCGUGAUUCGGGAGGUGUGGAAAACCAGACUGUUCAAGAACUCGAGAGCUACGCUGUGUACAAGUCUGAGGAAACAACGAAAACCGUUCAAGGAUGUCUGAAAGUUGCGGAAGAAAUGAGGUCAGAUGCUACAAGAACUCUGGUAAUGUUGAAUGACCAAGGGGAGAAACUGACAAGGACACACCAAAAGGCGGUUGACAUCGAUCGUGAUCUCAGUCGGGGUGAGAAGCUUCUUGGAAGCCUCGGAGGUAUUUUUUCAAGGACUUGGAAGCCAAAGAAGACUCGUUCGAUAACUGGUCCUGUCAUUACUAGAGGUGGUGAAUCCCCCAAGAGAAGAGUUAACCACUUAGAGUCUAGGGAAAAGCUGGGGUUGAACCAUAUACCCAAACCACAAUCAAGAACCUGUGAACCGCUCCCUGAAUCUGCCAAUGCUUAUCAGAAAGUACAGAUGGAGAUAACAAAGCAAGACGAUGGGCUUGCAGAUUUGAGCAAUCUACUCGGCGAGCUGAAGAAUAUGGCUGUUGACAUGGGAACUGAAAUCGAAAGGCAAAACAAUGGACUUAAUCAUCUUCAUGACGAUGUCGAGGAGCUUCACUUCAGGGUGAAACAAUCUAACCAACGGACUCGUCGUUUACUCGGGAAGUAA